CAGCCGCCCUUCUCCUCGGCCAGCGGCCACGGUACCCUCAUGGCCAGCACGAUCCUGCGUGUCUGUCCCAUGGUAAAAAUCUAUCCCAUACGACUCAGGACGUUUGGGACCAGCGACGGCAGGACAAAGAUCGAUGCAGACUAUGCCGCGCAAGCAAUUCAAGCCGCUCUGGACAAGAAGGCUACCAUCCUCUGCAUGUUGUGGACGAUCCCAAUGACUGAAGGCGAGAACCAGGCGAAGAAACGGCUGCAUGACGUGCUGAGGACAGCUGUUGAGCGCCGCAUCCUCAUGUUCUGCUCGGCGUCUGAUGAAGGCAAGUUCAGCGAACUCGACUACCCGAGCGGUCCGUGGCGUGACCGUUUCAUCCGCAUCGGCGCCGCGGGCGCGGACGGCACCGCCUUCCAAUGGAGUGCCGACGACGGCAUCACUUAUGUGCUCCUGGGCGUCGACGUGACCGUGGAACAGGUGACGACCGGCUCCCACGACGCGUCGUUCCCGAUGAAAACGAUGCCCCCGAACCGCAUGAACGAGUAUAGCGUGGCGGGCUCGAGCGUCGCCACGGCGCUGGCCGUAGGGCUCGCCGCCAUGAUUCUCUACUGCGUCAAGGCGAGCAUCCUCGCCAUCAGGACGGCGACCCAGGAUAGCAACGGCUCCCUGCUGGGGUUGCCCCCGGACAAUGCGGCACAGCUGAUGGCCCACCCAGACGAGAUGAGGCGCGCCUUUGCGAGCCUGGGCAACGUAACGCCCAACAACUUUGUCCAGGUUUGGGACGAGCUCGACAAGGUCAGCGAGCAGCUCGAGGUGUUCUGGACGCCAAGUUCGACUCCAGAGGUGAAGCAGAAGUGCGUCGAGGCGUUUGUGGACUUCGGGCUGAAGCUGUGGAAUGCGGCCAUGGAGGAACAUUGAACGAGGUCAACGGGGGUGUGUGCUUUGGGCUGUAACAAUAAUAUGUGGACAAAGAAGCGGUGGGUUCAACGCUGUUCCCCGAAGUAUCUGGUCCCUUCAGAGUCCUG